AGUCGGCCCAAAGCAGACCCUCUGGCAGGCUGCCACACAGAGCUGCCAGAGCCGGAUUGAGCAGGGAGGGGAGUGGAGGUGACAGGGCUGGGAGGUCCACCAAGGAGUGAAAGGAGAAGGAGAGAGAGGCAGCGGUUUUAUUUUGGACUUUUCCCUCUCCGUGUUGACACAGUCUUUGCUUGUCAUCCACACAGAUCACUUUAUUAUUUUCAGUUUUCUCUGAUUACUGCCUCAUUGUCUGAGCUUUAGUGGAGGCGUGACCAGAAAUCCUUCCAAGCUGUUUGCAGCUCAUGCGACUGCGAAGUGGGACUGGAACAUAGACACAGCUGUUGUUGGUGAGGAUUGGGCAGAGUCAUGGACAUCUGUGUCACUGCUGCUUGAGGGAAUCUGUGAACGAGUGCAGCUGUUACCUGGCGGCUUCAGUGAAUGUUAAAGUAGAUGUUGGAGAUGUCAUCCUACUACUCCCGGUCCAAGGAUCUGACCCGCACCAGGAAGUCCCUGUCAGACUCGCCGCCAUCCUCUCCGUCUGCUAUGGAAAAAAACUUCAGACACGACAGACUGUCAAGGUUGGAUUCUGGCAGCGACAGUGCCACAGAGAAACCACUGGGCCGCACCAGCUCCUACACACGAAGAGAGAUGAGGCUGGCUGCUCUCAACAGACAGGAGCCAGACGGCAUGUCCAAAGACUACAAAAAGAUGUAUGAGGAAGCUUUGCAUGAGAACGAGAAGCUCAAGUCCAGGCUGCAGGACAGCAAACAAGAACUGGUCAACAUCAGAUCUCAGCUGGAAAAAGUCGCUCAGCAGAAACACAACAGGAUAUCAGAGAGAUCAACAGUACUUGAAUCUGAGAAAAAGGUAAGGUCUGCUCUUGAAAAAAGAGUGUCAGACAUGGAGGAGGAACUAAAGGUCUUAACAGAGCUCAAGUCAGACAACCAGCGGCUGAAGGACGAGAACGGGGCUCUUAUUCGAGUCAUCAGCAAACUGUCCAAAUGAGCCACAACCAGAAGCUCCUGCUGUGGGUCUGUGGAGGCUCCAACCCUCAUUUGGCAGUUUAAUCCUCUAUAAUGUCCCAAAGCUGUAACUGCUUAAUGCCUUCUGGCAAUGGGUCACAAACACAUCCUGAUAAGUCCUGCUGGGAUGUGUGAAGAUCCACCGAGAAGUCAUUACAGCUGGGUGUGAUGUAGCUGCAACAACUGUUUCCACUUGAUUACAAUAGUGUUUUUAAAAAAUAUAUAUUUUUAAAAGGUACAAAACAGGGGCCAGAUGUACUGUUUGACAUUUUAAAGCUUAGUUCACGGAGUCAAAUCCUUUUGCAUGAAGAUGUUGAAAAUAUGUGAGUAUAUAUUGUACGCACACAUCACGUUGUCACUUUAUCUGAAUUGUAAUGUCUGAUCUCCACAGACUGCCUUAAAAAGUGACAAAUCUGGAUUAGGCCAAACAGCCUGCUUUAUUCCUAUUGGAAUAGUGUGUAGUCUGAAUGCUAACGGAGCAUUUACUGGAAGAUCAGCACGUCACACUCGUGACCUCUACUCUGGAAUGGCCAAAAAUAAGAAAA